CCAUCGGUACAGAGUCGCAAUAAUACUCCACGAAGCACACCAGCACCUCCUCCAGUUGAGCCGCCAAAGCCGACUCCAACGCGGGUGGUCGAUUCGUUUCCAGAAUUCAAGGCUGCGCCGGAUUACGAUGCUUGCUCUUUCGUUGACGAUUCCACAUCGAUUACCACAUCCACCGAAGACGAGAAUUUUGAGAUAGAUAUCGUUCCAGAAGAGGAUGAUUUGGACUUGGCAGACAUAGCAGAGGACGCAGCGGCUGUUGAUGAUGCAAUCAUCAGUGAUCGAAUAUACAAGGUUUUGAUGGCUAAACAGGGAAAUAUUCUGAUAGUAGAUCUCGUGACGGUAAUCGCAAUAGUCAAUGUUCACAACAAGAACACAUUAGUAGUAGGAAAAGUUGACAAGGUCUUGGCAUCACAAAAAUUGAACGUGGCUAGAUACGAGGCUUAUGAAGAUUUUCGUAAAAAAGGUUUAAGCAUGGAGAACAAACGUACGCCCGAUCCAGAGGUGAUGUUCACUGUCUCUUCGCCUGCGCAAAUACCAACAACUCAUGUGCAGAUAAAUAUAAAUGGUAUAACUGCUCAGUUAGAUGACGAGAUUGUUUCACAUUUGGCAGCUUUUGCUCAAGACGAUGAAGUGACGAAAAACAAAGUUCGACUCGCCAUAAAUAUCUCUGAUGCGAGCAUUGAAAUCCAAGAUCGCAAAAAGAAGAAACCAAUGCGUCUAAAAAUUAAGCAGUGCAUUGUCGAACAGGAAGAAGACGAUAAUGAUACUUGA